AUGGCGGAAGCUCAGAAGGAUUUGGAAAGCCAGCGGAAGCCGUCGGACGAGAGGACGCCGCUCCUCGGCACCCCCGCCGAAUACGAGGCGAACCAGCAAGAGGCCCGGGAUCGGAGCGGUCACGCCGCCGACGACGACCAAGACCGCGAGGACGCCGAGCAGGUUCCUCUCAUUGCGCCUCAGGAUGGAGAGGAGACGAAGAAGCGCACGACCGGCUGGUGGCUGUGGAGAGCGUUCUGGGCCGUGCUCGCCAUCUUCUUCCUGGCCAUCUUCAUCAAGGGUUGGGUCGAUGCCAAGGACACGAAUUUCGAUCUCAAAGCAGCGCUGAAGAGGGCCCUCGGCGGUGGCUUGAGCGGCGCCGCCGCCAUGGUUUUGCAGGUGUUGACUCUCAUGCCUAUACGAACCAUCAUGAACUAUCAGUACCGUUUCGGGAGUGGCUUCAGGGAGGCCAUUAGCGUACUCUAUCAGGACGGCGGGGUGCGAAGAUACUACCAGGGUAUCGGGCCUGCACUCAUUCAAGGCCCCGUAUCUCGGUUUGGUGACACGGCUGCCAACGCCGGUAUCCUUGCCCUUCUUGAGUCCAACUCCUUCUUGAACCAGCUUCCUACGCUCAUCAAGACCAUCUUUGCCUCCCUCUGUGCCGCCGCCUUCCGCAUGAUCCUAACGCCCAUCGACACUCUCAAGACCACUCUGCAGGCCCAAGGCGCCAAGGGCACCGCCAUCCUCCGCCAGCGCGUCAAGACGCACGGAGUUGGAAGUCUGUGGUGGGGCGCCUUCGCGACCGCCGCGGCGACGUUCGUCGGCCACUACCCCUGGUUCGCAACUUACAACUACCUCUCCGCCAACAUUCCGGAGCCUGAAAAGGGCCAGAUCUUCCUGUGGCUGCUUCGUCUCGCCUUCAUCGGGUUCUGCGCCUCGGUCAUCUCGGAUUCGGUGUCCAACUCGCUGAGGGUCGUCAAGACCUACCGCCAGGUCAACGACACCCAGGUGUCCUACUCCAAGGCCGCCAAGAUCGUCAUCCAGCGAGACGGAUUUCUUGGGUUCCUCGGCCGUGGUCUCAAGACCCGCAUCCUUGCCAACGGUCUGCAAGGCAUCCUGUUCUCCAUUCUCUGGAAGCUUUUCCUCGACCUGUGGGAGAAGAAGACGCAGUCUUGAAUCUGUUUCGACUCGGCUUGACUUGGGUUUAUGUCACCCACAACGGCUGCUGAACCGAACCAAGAUCGGAGGCACAUGAUCACUCGAAUUUACGCUUGGAUUAGGGACUAUCGUUUAAACAUCAUGGUCUUGUCGAUUCCUUGUUAUGAAAGACAAGUUUACGAAUAGAAGUACGCACAUUGGAAGUACGGGCCGCACCUGUCGUCAAAGGGGACAUAUAGACUUCCACCGGAAUCAGUCACAAAGGAAAACAAUCCAACAUAUCCAAUCUGCUCUAAAUGACGCGUAGGAUGAAUUUGGUUGUUCCAAACAGUACAUAGCUCAAACGUAAACGUUUAAAGGAGGAUAUGCAUCAAAAGCAACUUCGAGAAA